AUUCCAGCGGGGUUUGAGCCUACGAGGAGGGAGGGAAACCAACUGAUCACGGAAAGGAAAGAGAGCAAUGAAGAACAAAACAAAGACAGCCAAAGAACAGACGUGCUCCGUUAGAUAAACCCUCAGUCACAUAGUAUUUGUAGUACGAAGAAACUGAAUCGUUUCCAAUUGGGUUUAGCUCACUGAAUCUGAUUUGCAGAGAAAAAAGCUCUUGACGGAUAAGGAAAAAAUGGGUACGUUGAGAGUGCCAAAUGUGGUUCCUUCUGCAGACCAAGACUGUGAGCGACUCAAGAAAGCCUUCGAUGGUGUGUCUCCGACUCGCUGUGUGUGUGGUAGAUGGGGGACGGACGAGAAGGCUGUAAUACGGGUAUUAGGGUGCAGGACUACAAGCCAAAGGAGGAUAAUUAAAGACAGAUAUCAGCAGCUUUACAAUGAAUCACUCAUUGAGCGGCUCGAUUCUGAACUUUCUGGCGAUUUUAGAAAAGCAGUGAUUUUGUGGACACAAGAUCCUCCAGAAAGGGAUGCUAGACUGGCAAAGGAUGCAUUAAGGAUAAAGAAGAAAGGAAUCAAACACCUAGAAGUGAUAGUUGAGGUAGCAUGUGCAUCAUCUCCUCAUCAUCUGAUGGCAGUCAGGCAGGCCUAUUGUGCUCUUUUUGAUUGCUCACUUGAAGAGGAUAUUGCCUCCACUGUUGAUAUGCCACUCGGAAAGCUGCUAGCGAGUCUAGUGAGCUCCUACAGGUAUGACAAAGAAGUGGUGGAUAUGUCAGUCGCGAGGUCGGAGGCAGCUACAUUACAUGAAGCUAUCAAAGCAAAGCAAUUAGAUUGUGAUCAAGUUGCAUGGAUCCUUUGCACAAGGAAUUUCUUUCAGCUCAGAGCAACUUUUGACUGUUACAAGCUAAACCAUGGAAACCCCAUUGACGUGGAUAUUAAAGGCUGUGGGAAUGAAGAUUUAGAGUCUCUUUUGAAAAUGGUAAUUUGGUGCAUUGACUCCCCUGAGAAGCAUUUUGCAGAGGUAAUCGGAAACUCAAUUAUUGGGCUGGGGACAGAUGAAGAUUCUCUAACAAGAGCAAUCGUAAGUCGAGCUGAAAUCGACACAAUGAAAAUCAGAGGGGAGUAUUACAACAUGUAUAAUAGCAGCCUUGACAAUGCAGUUAUUGGUGACACUUCAGGAUACUACAAAAAUUUCUUGAUGACUUUGCUUGGAGCAAAAAUAUGAAUGAUUCUACCUCUACCCCACCUGCGUUUGUUUUUAUUUCAUUCAUGACCUUGGAUUGCUUAUUGACCUCAUUGGAAUAAAAUAUGUGAUGGGUGUGUUACCUGUGGAU